AUGCCUCCCAUUCGCUCCGCGCGCAAUCGCAAGCCGCCCCCUGCUGGCUUCGACGAUCUCGAAGAUACCCUGCUUGAGUUCAGCAAUAAGAUGAAAGAUGCCGAGAACGCCUCCCAUGAAGGAAAGAAGAAAUACGAAGUCCUCUGGCCCAUAUUCCAGAUCAGUCACCAGCGCUCACGAUACAUUUACGACCUCUACUACGAAAAAGAAGCUAUCUCGAAGCAGUUGUAUGACUGGUUGCUGAAGAACGGCUAUGCGGAUGCCAACCUGAUUGCGAAGUGGAAGAAGCAAGGCUAUGAGAAGCUUUGUUGUUUGCGCUGCGUCCAGACGAAAGAGACGAAUUUCAACUCGACUUGCAUCUGCCGUGUGCCCAAGGCGCAGCUGAAGGAGGAUCAGACGGUGCAGUGCGUCAGUUGUGGAUGCCGGGGAUGUGGAAGUAGCGAUUAA